AUGACAGUGUCAUACAACUCUGACGUUUCAUCCACGUCACUGAUCGCUUUUCUCCGAUUACAGUUGAGAUGGCGUGGAUCCGUAUGGAAGUCAGUAAUGAGAGAACUAUUUAUAUUCUCAUUUUGCUUUGCAAUAAUCACAUCUAUCUAUAGAACUAAUUACUUUUUAUCUGAUGAACAGAGAGUAUUUUGGGACAAUUUCGCGGCACUUUUUGAUCAAACUCUAAACUACAUUCCCUUAACAUUCAUGCUUGGAUUCUUUGUUACAAUUAUUGUAGGAAGGUGGAAUGACAUAUUUUUGAAUAUCGGAUGGGUUGACAAUACAGCCCUACUAAUUGCCACAUAUAUUCGUGGAGGUGACGAGAAGAGCCGUAUUAUGAGACGGACUGCUCUUCGAUAUUUGGUGCUCACACAAGUUUUGAUAUUUCGAGAUAUCAGUUUGGUAGUUAAGAAACGAUUUCCCACACUGGAGACAGUUGUGGCUUCCGGUUUCAUGCUGGAAAGUGAAAGAGAAAAGUAUGCGGCACUAAGUCUUGGAAAAUACCCAAAGUACUUCCUCCCAAUCCAAUGGUGCUUUUCAUUGCUCUACGAUGCUCGAGCGCAGGGAAAAAUCGGUGCGGACGUUAUGUUGAAUGAGUUGAUCAAAAGUGUCGGAGAUUUCCGGAAAGGACUUGGACAAUUGCUCAAUUUUGAUUGGGUUCCAAUUCCUUUGGUUUAUCCACAGGUAGUAUUCCUUGCUGUCCGUAUUUACUUUUUCCUAUGCCUAAUCGCUCGUCAAUCGGUUCUUAUUGAUGGUGAAAAACCAAAAGACAACUCACCAGUAUAUCCAUUUGUCCCAUUUUUGAUGACAUCUCUUCAAUUCGUUUUCUAUGUUGGAUGGAUGAAAGUGGCUGAAAGUUUAAUGAAUCCAUUGGGAGAGGAUGAUGAUGAUUUUGAGUGCAAUUACUUGUUGGACAGAAAUUUGGCGGUCGGUCUCGCUAUUGUCGACUCAAGCGAAGCAGCUCCACACUACGAGAAGGACGUUUUCUGGGGAUUAGCAAUUGCGGACCCGCUAUAUUCGUCUGAUACUGCCAAUAUUCACAUCAAUCCUCAAAUUGGAUCAGCUGCCACUUAUGAAACCCAAGAAAACGAGAUCAUCAUGCGACCCCACGUUGAUACAAACGACAUGGAAGAUGGCGGUGAUGACGUGGAAGGAUGCAAUCCACGUCAACUCUCACGUUUCGUGUCCGUGGUGUCUGUUAAUAGAAAUUGUGAGAGCCGGACGAGUCUAUCGAGUCGGCGGAAUCCGACGAUCAUCGAACGGUUGAGAAGUCAGUUUGGAGGAUCGAAAGUCAACAGGCCGGGCAAAUUAUUCGGCAGCUCGCAGUUUUCCAUCAAUACUGCGAUGGGAGAUAACGACAUUGGAAGCUGUGCAAGUAUCCUGGGUGAGCUUGCCGAAGAGUCCAACAAAGCAUCACAAGGUCUCUUAACACCUGAAGAAUACGCAGGCUCUCCACGUCGAAAUACCCCUAUCGAUAUGCUGACCUCGGUACCAGAGGAGGACGAGGAAGCUCAAAAGACUAGAACAUCCGUGGAUUUGAGGAAAUGGAAGGAGAUGGUGGAAAAUGAGAAGAAACGAGAAGAGGCUAUUGAGGAAAAGAGGAGGAAGUUGUCGAGAAAGGAGGAAGAAAGGGAAGAAGAUGAUGGUGAUGACGUGGAAAAGAAGGAGUGAUAAUUAGAUAUUUUGAAUUUUGUCUUUGUUUAACUGUACGUGUGAUCUACCUCUACUCAUAUUGAGCUUUUUUUGAGAUAUUUCGAAUUUCCGUUGAUUGUUUUUUGUACUUUUGAUCUUCAGUUUCAUGUUGAUAAUAUAACUUUAAUUUGUAUCAUUACGAUAAUAAAGUUGUUUUCUGAUAAA